UGACUUUUUAUUUUUAGCUGCUAAAAAGUUUUAUCCAAACUUCAAAUUUUCAAGAGACCUUGCUUUUGAUGAAUGAUGAAUGAUGAAUCCUCAACUUAAGGCUAAAAAGGAAGAGGAUCUUAAAAGUGUUUAAUCACAACGAGCGGGAGAAAAGCCCAAUAACUUUGCUUUUUUUCUGACAAAACAACCUAAAAUAGCAGAUAAGACAAAAGAAUUAAGUCAAAGUGAAAGGAGGGAAAGGCUUUGCCUUUGCCAGUGUUAUGCUAUGCAUUAACAGUGGUGUUUGUUUUGUAGGGCAGAAUAGAAAUUUAGAAUUGAUUAUGGUGAGAAGAGAUAAGAGUGUAUGAACAGGGAAGUAAAGAAGGACCAGUACAACCACAACUGCCAGGUUCAGGGGUUCCUUGGAGUAGCAUUAAAGACACUGUUCCAGAUCUUCCCUCACACAUCACCACCCAAAUGGCAAUUCUUGAAAAACCAAUGCAACAACAAAAAGAAAAGAAAGCUAACUACUUCUUUUUAUAAGAGGAAAGCUGCAUUGAUGUCUUGAUGACUUUUAGUUGGAACAAGAACAAAAAAAAAAAAAAAACAAAUGGGGUGUGGUGGUUCUGAGCAUGUUACCAUGAUCUUUAUCAUCACCAUCUUGAUCCUCCUAUCAUCACAAAGCACCAACAUUUUGACUGUGGCUGGUUCUGUAUUCAAUGCAGUUGGAAACUUCCAGGUUCAUGGCCUACCAGAGAUGUAUUUCAUUGAAGAGAAUGAUGAAAAGCUGGUUAAGAAAAUCUCAGGAAUAGAUGAGAAUGAAAAGAAGCAAGCCUUAAUAGUGGAGAAGUUUAGAUCCUUGCUUGGACUCAAGAGUUUCCACACCAAAGUACCAUUCAACGGUGAUUUGGAGUUUCUCUCUCCCUCACCUUCUCCAUCACCUAUCAUUGAAGAAACUCAGGCUCCAGCUCCUUCUCCUUCUCCUCUUCCACACGUGCACCAUCAUUCACACCAUCCACCACAUCAUAAGAAUCCAUCACUUCACCAAACUCAUCAUGAAGAUAGAGGCAGGGCUAAGAGAAUACUAAUAGCUGUUCUUGUAUCUGCUGGAGUUGCUAUAUUGAUUGGUGCUUGUGGGCUAUUCUUGGUGUGGAGGAAAUUCUCAAAUCAUACAAAGAAAACCAAAAGGACAAUGCCACUAUAUAAUAGCAAGAGCAAAGGAAGUGGAGGUGUUUAUCAAAGUUCAUCAAGCAAGGUAAGUUUAAACUCUGAACUAGAUCUGUUUUAUCUUAAUGCUUUAGGUGAGGACAUAGAGCAACACUCUUGCAGCUUCAAAAAGACUCGCGAGGAUGGUUUAGAAUAUGAUAUUGUUAGCGGUUCUUCCACGAAGGAUAUUGCAUCUGUUCAUGAAGAUGAGGAAGCAGUUAAAGGUGAAGGUGAAGGUGAAGGUGAAUCUGAUGGCGGCAACUCUUCUUCUGGGGAUAAAAUUAUCCCUAAAGAUUGUCAUUCAUCAGACAAUGAAAGUUUUCAUUCCUUUGUUAAUGAUUCACACUCAAAUAGUAAUAGACUCUCCAAUGCUUCCGCUUGUAGUCUUAGUGACACAAACUCUCUGUCCCGUCAAAAUUCAAGUUCAUUACCAAACCCACAAUUUCCUAGUUCUCAACAUAACUUAAUGUCAAAUAUACAACCUCACCAAUCACCAAAUAGUGCAAAACAUGAUCAAGAGAAAGAGAUUGAAACCUCUCUCCAAUGUCCAAAGACAUUCACUUCCCCUCCACCUCCUCCACCACCACCACCACCUCCACCAUUGCGAAUGCCAUUAUUUUCUUUGCAUUCUCUCACUUCUUCAUCUAGACUCUCCUCUCACUCCCCACUUUCCUUGACAUCUAAUAAUUUAUCAUCCCUGGUAAAUUCAGACACUUCCUCGUGUUCAAAUCAAAGUCCAGAAAAGGAGUUGCCUUCUCCAAAUAGACCUUACCCUACACAAUCUCCUCCCAACAUUCCCCCACCACCAUGUCCACCUCCAUUUCUUAAGGGCAAUAGUGUCAAAACCCCACCUCCUCCACCUUCUCAACUCCCUCAAUUUACCCCUCUUGGUAAAGAUGGUGCACCAUUGCCAAAACUCAAACCACUUCACUGGGACAAAGUCAGAGCUGCACCAAAUCGCACAAUGGUUUGGGACAAGCUACGGUCAAGUUCAUUCGAGUUGGACGAGGAAAUGAUCGAGUCUCUAUUUGGUUACAAUUUGCAAAAUUCAAUUAAGAAUGACGAAGCAAAGAGUAAAACCCCGUCUCCAGGCAAGCAUGUACUUGAGCCAAAACGCCUGCAGAACAUAACUAUACUCUCCAAAGCUCUGAAUGCAACAGCUGAGCAUGUCUGCGAGGCCUUAAUGCAAGGGAAGGGGUUGUCUUUGCCCCAACUAGAGGCACUAGUGAAAAUGGUACCCACCAAGGAGGAAGAGUCCAAGCUCUUCAAUUAUAAAGGUGACAUCAAUGAAUUGGGGUCCGCCGAAAGGUUCGUGAGGGCAAUGCUCGAUGUGCCAUUUGCCUUUCAAAGAGUAGAAGGCAUGCUUUUCAGAGAAACAUUUGACGAUGAAGUAGUUCACCUCAGGAACUCAUUUUCAAUGCUUGAGGAAGCAUGCAAGGAACUAAGAUCAAGCAGGCUCUUCUUGAAGUUACUAGAAGCAGUGCUCAAAACGGGAAACCGAAUGAACGUUGGAACAACCAGAGGAGGUGCUAGAGCAUUUAAACUCGAUGCACUUCUCAAGCUUGCAGAUGUUAAGGGAACUGAUGGGAAAACCACGUUGCUCCAUUUCGUUGUUCAGGAGAUUGUUCGUUCUGAAGGAAUAAGAGUUUCAGACAGCAUUAUGGGGAAAAUCAGCCAAAGAAGUAAGAACAGAACGGAGGAAGAGAAGGAAGAAGAUUACAAAAGGAUGGGACUAGAACUUGUUUCUGGUCUCAGCACUGAGUUAUACAACGUGAAAAAAACAGCUACCAUUGACUUGGACGUUCUUGCAAGCUCUGUGUCAAACCUAUCAGAAGGAAUGAACAAGCUGCAACAUCUAGUGGAUAAGGAGUUGCAUAAGGACGAGAGAAGCAUGAACUUUGUGCAGUGUAUGAAGUCAUUCCUUAACUAUGCUGAUGGAAACUUGAAGGAGUUGCGUGGAGAUGAAGAUAUAGUGUUGGCACGCGUGAAAGAAAUUACGGAGUAUUUUCAUGGGGAUGUGAUCAGCAAAGAAGAUGCAAACCCACUUAGGAUAUUUGUGAUUGUGAGAGAUUUUCUGGGGAGUUUAGAUAAUGUGUGUAAAGAACUUAGAAGGUCUAAAGCUCCACGUAGCCUGAACCCUCUUGCUAUUCUCCCUUUAGAUAGAUCCUAGAUAGACUAGAAUUAAACACUGUCUCGUGUGUUCAUAGGAAUUGAUAAAAUUUUAAACGAAUUGAGUGUAACUUUAUUUUGAUUUUUUGUGGAGUUUUGGAGUAUGUGGAUUUUGUAUUCUCUGACUUUGCUAAUCAUAUGGAACUAUUCGUUUGAUUAAAACUUUUCCCCUCUUCUUAGGGAAUGAUUAA